UGAUGCAUCUGUCUUCAACUGGAAAGUAUCAAGGCAGCGUCUCACCUUCUCGAGAAAACAAAGCUUAUUUAAAGCUAAUUUGAGUUUGUGUGUGUUUUUUUUCAUGAUUUGGAAAACAUGGAGAGCGACUGUACGGACUGACGUUGCUUUAAUUUACGUUUACUGAGUUGACGACGAUUUUACGGAGGAUUUCGAGGCUGUCUUUUGAUCUUAAUGGCAAGUUAGCCAACCCGGUUGGCGUGCCCUGUGGGACCACGCCUUGCCCGGAGGUGCCAUGCUAGCCACACAGAUGCCAGACACGCCGCCCGAGACCCAAGAUGUCAAACAGAUCAAGGAGAAGUUGGCACAGGCACUCAAGGCCCUGCAGAAGAGAUACGUAGCGUCAGACGCAGUGGUCACCAGUGAGGAUGGGGAUGCUAACCUCCUCUGCUGCGCCCUCGAGGCCGUCUUCAUCCACGGCAUCAAGAGCAAGUACAUCCGCUCGGUGGCUGGGGGCCGCAGUAGGAAGGGGGACCGAGGAUCCCUCCCUCAGCCUUUCUUCUGGAGCCUCCUCAAGGCUGUCACCCACCGUGACGUGGUCAAAGAGCUGGAGAAGAUCAGCUUCGUGAGCACGGACGUGGGGCGCUGCCGGUCCUGGCUGCGGCUGGCCCUGAACCACGGCCUGCUCGAGUGCUACCUCACAUCGCUGUUUCGCGAGGGCUCCAAACUGCGGGCCCACUACCAGCCCAGUGCCUUGCUCCUGAACGCCGAGGAGCGGGAAGUCCUGCUCAGCUACCUCCAAGGUCUGGGCUCGCUCACGUUCAGCCUCUCCUACAAGUCGGCCGUCCUCAACGAAUGGACCACCACGCCGCUGGCCCUCGCGGGUCUCUGCCCCUCAACCCAAGCGGACGCCAUCGACUGGCCGCUCAACGGAGGCGACGCUCCCACCCCCAAGCCCGAGUUGAAGGAGUCGUGGGACACCGCUUCUCAGUCGUCGGGCUCAUCCGAUGCACCAGACAUGCAGAGAGGCUGCCCAGCGACGCCGACCGGGACGGGGACGGGUGCAUUACAAGGGGGCAGUGCUGCACUCAACUCAUCUAAUUUAAGCCUUGACACCACAGGCUCCUCUCAGCUCUCCUCCAGCUUGAGCUCUGAUAGCCUCCUGCAGGGGCAGGACCCCCGCAGCCCAGCGGGAGAGCAGUGGUCUUCAUGCGACCUGGACGUCCCCAUUAAUGUCACCAUCAGCACCAACAGGCCACGGAAGGAUUCUCGGACAGAUUUCAGGGAGAGUGGCCACUGCAGUCAGGACUCCAUGCGUGAAGACUCCUUGGUCUCCAGCCUGGGUCCAGAUGCGUAUUCGGAGACGGCCGUUUUCAGCGGCUCGGACAGCGAGACCCAGGGUCCCCCUACGCUGCCCCAAGACCGCUCGGACCCAGUCCUGGACCCUGUGCCGUCCGAUUCGGAGCCACCGGCGGCACCGGAUAAGAACCUCGCUAACGGCUCUCCCUUUGAAGCGUUCAUCGGCACUCCCCCGCGGUCACACCCGGUCACGGACCUGGUUCCUACCGUCAGGGAGCCUGUGGAUGGAGGACACGUCGGUCCUGGCAACCUCCAGGUGGAGAGGGAAGAUGGACCUUCAGUGGAUCAAGCCUCUCGUUGCUCCAGCAGGAUAUUGUGCUCAGAUUCUCUAUCACAUUCUCGUUCCUGGAUCUCUGAGGAUGACAUCUACAAGCCCCACCCGGAGGAAGUAUCAGACCGAGACGAGGCUCCUCCCCCGGCUCCGCCCACUGAGCUCCAGGUCUCUCCGUCGCCCCCCAGUGUCGUCCAUCGCAGGCAAAUAGGUCUGUCCAACCCUUUCCGCGGCCUGCUGAAGCUCGGCCACCUGGAGCGCCGCGGCACCAUGGGGAUUUGGCGCGACCACUACUGCGAGCUGUCGCCCUUCGAGUUCCGCCUGUACCUCAACGCGGAGGAGCGCACGUGCUGCGACAACUGCUCGCUGCUGCGCUGCGAGGACGCCCGGCUCGCCUCGCCCGCGGGCCGCUUCGAGCUGACCUUCCCCGGCAAGCGGCUGUGCCUGCGCGCGGCCGACCGCGGCGAGGCCGAGGACUGGGUGGACCGCAUAGUGGAGGCCGUCGUCAAAUGCCGCCCGGCGCCCUGCGCGGUCGAGCAGUGGGAGGUGCUGCUGCCCCCCUGCGAGAACGGCGUGGACGCGUCGUGCCCGCCGUCGCCGCCGGACGCGGGACCUCUCGCUCCGGCUCCGCCCCCUCCUCCUCCUCCUCCUCCUCCUUCCGCGCAGGAGGCGUUCGACUGGACUCGGACUGCGGACGUGGAGAACGAUGCGAUCAAGGAAGCCGUGUUGUACUUCUCCGCGGAUCCGGAGGCUCGGACGUGGGCGCCUCUGGUCUUCUCCCUCUCCCUGGAGGCGCUGAGGGGGUUCCAGGUCCAGGACGGCAGGAAGUUGCUGCGGCGGACGCUCCCCGUCGAUCAGAUCCGGGACGUGGUGCCCGACGUGUCCCAGGGGGGGGCGGCCUUUUUUAAACUCCUCACCCUCAGGGAGACGCUGCGACUCAAAGCAGAGAACCCGAAGGAGGCCAGCUCCUGGAGGGUCCUGAUCCGAGGAGCUCUGGACUCGUACCUGGAGAGCGGGGAGGACGGAGGCUCCGAGGAGCCCGCCGGGGCAUCCCCCGGUGCGACGGGAAAUCUCUACAGACUGGUGCAGCACAGGCUCAAAGAAGACGGAGCGCUCCUCGCUCAUCUGUGCGCCGUUCCCUCGGAGAAGGGUCUGGACUCUCAGGGCUUCAAGUGUGCCGGGUGUCCUCAGCCGAUCGGCCCGUCCCGGGGCCGAGCCAGGCUGUGCGAGUUCUCGGGCCAGUACUACUGUGACUCCUGUCACCACGGCGACACCACUGUCAUCCCCUCGCGCAUGGUGCACAACUGGGACCUCACGCGGCGGGAGGUGUCUAAGAAGGCCCUGCAUCUGCUGGCUCAGGUGGAGCAGGAGCCUCUGCUGAACGUGGAGCAGUUGAACCCGGAGCUGGUGACGCACGCCGAGUCCAUGUCUCAGGCCCACCAGCUGCGGAGGAGGCUGCGCCUGCUGGGCGACUACUUGCUCACCUGCCGCAGCGGAGCCUGCAAGAAGCUCCAAGCCAAAAUGGGGCAGCGGACGUACCCGCUGGAGUCGAGCCACCUGUACAGCGUCAUGGACCUGCGACAGGUAGCGGGCGACGAGUAUGUGACCUACCUGGUGGCACUGACGCAGCACGCCUCCAACCACGUGUUCCACUGUGACCUGUGCUCUCAGCGCGGCUUCAUCUGUCAGAUAUGCCACGCUGAUGACAUCAUCUUCCCCUUUCAGCUCGACAUCACCACCAGGUGUGAAGAUUGUAAAGCUGUGUUUCACCUGCCCUGCAAGGCCGCCGGGGUCCCGUGUCCUCGCUGUGAGCGGAUGAAGAAAUACCUGGAGAGGAAUCCGCUGUUCUGAGCGGUGGGAAAGCUAGCUUUCACAUGAAGAAACCUCAAGUGCAAUUACGAGUUUGUGUGUGUGUGUUUGUGUGUGUGUGUGUGUGUGUGUGUGUGUGUGUGUUUGUGUGUGCGCAUGCAUGUGACGGUGCUGCGGUAGCUUGACUCUCUUGCACUAACGUAGAAGCUCAUUGCUGUUAAGAACUCUAUGAAUUCUGCAUCAAACGGAGGAACUCGACACCGAUGACGGUUGCUGCCAAGACACUUUUUUUUUUUUUUU